AUGGGCUGCCACUUUUGUGGACUUAAUCAUUUUCUCAAAAUUGUUGUAUUUCUGUUUUCAUUUUUUUUUUUUUUCGUUUUUUUUUUUUUCUUUUUUCUUUCCCAGUAUCUCCAGCCAAUACUUUUUACAUUCAUCGUUAUGUCAACAAUACCUACAACUCAAGACAUUAAUAUGAACGAGGAAAAACAAGAAACCAUCAGACAACCUGAUGUUCAUCUGCAAGAUGAUGAAUCUGAUGAUGGAUACGUUAGUCUAGAUGAAGAGGAUGAAGAGCUAAUAUGGAGAGUUUUUUUUCAUGAACUAGAAAAGUAUGAACAACGAUCACAGGGUUAUGAAGAGAGCUCCGAUGAAGAAGAGGAACUUGUAAAUGAUAACGAUUAUAUUUCAGAUGAUGAUGAAUCAGACUCAUCAAUAGAUGAGGAUAAUAUUGAAGAUCUAUUGGACGUGGAUGAUGCAGAAUUGGUGGCCAAGUAUAAAGCAUUGAAAUCAGAGACUGUAAACCGAAAUCUCACAGAAGAAGAACAGAAAAGAUUGUUAAUUGCAAACUUUACCGACGAUCAAAUGGAAAGAUUUGAAGCAUAUAGACGAAUGACUGUGAAUAAACCUGGUGUCAAGAAAAUAUGUAAUGGUAUUGUUGGACAUACCAUCCCGCAAAUAAUAGCUGUUGUCAUGGCUGGUAUUUCAAAACUGUUUCUAGGUGAUAUAAUAACAAAAGCAUUUGAGAUACAGAAGAGGGACUACAAAGGUCAGCUUAUAAUGGAUAUAGAAGCCAAGAAGACCCAGAAGCGACAGAUUGCCAAUAGUUUGGAAAGGGGAGAAGAUAUCGAGGUGGAAGAAAAAGAAUUGAGAUACGAAGGAGAUGAAAUACAUCCAUUGCAACCACACCACAUACGAGAGGCUUGGAGAUUGUAUAGGUUAGAGAACAGUGGCUAUCCUGGAGGCGACAAAAGGAAAUCAGGUGACGAUGGUCCAUUUUACAACUAG